AUGAUGGAAAGUAACGAUAUAGCUGACAAUUUAUUUAAACAAAUUGAUACAAAUCGAGAUGAAAGUAUUGAUAAAAAUGAAUUUCGUAAUUGGGUUUCAAAUACUGAACGAUCGACUUCUUCACCUUAUGAAUUAAUAACUACUGCAAUUAGUCGUUGUAAUGAUACUAUUAGUCGAUUUGAUCGAUAUAAUUAUAACGAUCGUUAUCAAGAUGAUUUGGGAUAUUCACCUGAUAAAUAUACUUCAUAUGGAAGUAAGAGAUGGAUUGACGAUACGGUGAUCAAUACAAAUAGUUCAGAAGAAACCAAUUAUUAUCUGGCAAAAUUAGAUAUGAAUACUUAUAAGGAUGCUAAUCCAAAAAUUAUUCGACGAGCAAGAAGUGAAAGUCCAGUAACACUAGAACAAGGAAUUCUUGUUCGAUACCUUCAACCACCACCUCUUCCACCACCAGGACCACUCAUUAUUAAAGAAGUGCGUCCACGACAACCAUCGCCGCCUCCACCACUUGUCAUACACGAAUAUGCGCCACCUCCUCCUUCGCCACCUCCACUUAUCUUACGUGAACGGCCACCAACACCACCGAAACAUAUUCCUAGUGAAACAAUUACUCGUACUUUACCUCCUUUGCCUAUUCCACCACGAUCAGUUAUCAUCGAACGUUUUCCACCUCCUCCAGAAAAACCACGCGAUAUUAUAAUUGAACGAUGGAUUCCCUACGAACCUCAACCUGAACGCCGUACAAUUGUUGAACACGCUCCUCCUGCUAUACAAUAUCCACAACCAUCUAAUACUAUUAUUAUUCAUUCUGUUGCUGAAACUCGUAUAGUUCGGAAAUAUCAACAACUUGGUGUUACCCAAGAAGAUCCUCAAGCUUAUAGAGCUCGUUAUGGGUCAUCACUUUUAGAUCCCGAAACGCUUGUUCGACAAGCUCGCAAAGUUGGUGUUAUUGAAGAUACAGUAAGCUUUUUUCAAAAACCAAAUACCUUCAGAGAAAAAACUAUACAAACCUUUUAUUGUAGUCGCCUCGGGUACUAUCGUCUUCAAUAUUCACAACUACACGUCGAAAUGCUGUUCAUUUUGAUCAAUCGAAUUAAAUAA